UUCAAAACUAGCCUUUAUAAAGAGAAGCUCCCGCGUGUCUCAGACAAACAAAGAAAAGUUACCAGCAACACCCCGGCAUGGAUUUAACAAAAUGGGCGCUGCCCCAACUCUCCCGCCUCCUGCCUCUGGAUGAUGAAUCACUGAAGCAAAUUAUCACCUACACCGACACUCUCUCGAGAGAUGCUGCUGCCGAACACUUGAAGAACUUGCUGGGUGACCCUCCGCAAGCUCUGGAAUUCAUCACAAACUUCAACUCACGAAGGCCGCCUCCGCCGUCGGAAACCCCUGCGCCGCGAGGCCGGGCCCAGGAUGAAGGCGUUCCUAGGCCCAAGGGCCGGCAGCAGAAGAAAAAGAAGAACAUAGGUCAGCUGCCGCCGCGUCGUGUCGAGCACUCUGGAAAUAUCUCGGGCGGCUACAUCAAGAAAGACGAGGAAGACUACAUGGCCGGAACGUCCAGAAGCCGCAAAGAACCGCCUCUCGCAAAUGUCCUGCAACUCCAGGAGAAGCCGGAUGCGAAGCAGCUGCCUGUAGCUCAGAACAGCUCCUCGUCAACCAAUCCCCAGGUCAAGCUGCCGCCUUCCGCAGCGGGACCGCUAAUCUCUGACAUCCCUUCGAAAUCGAACUCACGCACGUCAUCACCAGCACCAAAGGCAAAAAGCAAAGUCAAUCUGUCUGGUGGUACCGCAAUGCGCGGACAAUCUGAAGUCCUCAACGAUCUUGACUCCGCCAUCCGAGCCCUCGAGAUUCAGACCAACCCCAGCUUCUCCUUUUCCGCCGCAGACAAUGCCAAGCGACGCUGCAACUGUAUGGCCACGCGGCAUCCCCUGCUAGAAGCCGCGCCGAACUGUGUCAACUGCGGCAAGAUUAUCUGCGUCAAAGAAGGACUCGGUCCCUGCACGUUCUGCGAGAAGCCGCUGCUCUCCGCGCACGACAUCCAGUCUAUGGUACGGGUGCUGCGCGACGAGCGCGGCCGCGAGAAGAUGGAAGCCAACAACUCGGCGCAGAAGCGCGCAGAGGUCUCGAAGGCGCCGCGCGCCUUUGCCACGCUCGCCGCACCGGGCGUCGUAACCCCGUCCUCCUCCGACUCUGAGAACGAGAAGCUGGCCGCCGCCAAGCAGCACAGAGAUCGGCUGCUCGGGUUUCAGGCUAACAAUGCUCGCCGUACGAGGAUUCAUGACGAGGCUGCGGACUUUGAGACCCCGACUGCGGGCACGAGCAUGUGGGCGAGCCCGCAGGAGCGUGCGCUGCAGUUGAAGCGCCAGCAGAAGGUGCUGAGGGAGCAGGAGUGGGCGUCGCGUCCUGAGUAUGAGAAGCGCAAGGUCGUUGCUAGCAUCGACUUGGCGGGUGGGAGAGUCGUUCGCCGCAUGGAGGCGGUGCAGCGGCCCGAGUCGCCUGAGAGCGAGGAGGAAAUUGAGGAAGAAGUGUUUGAGGAACCCGUUUCUGGACGGAAGGGCGGUGCGUUCAGCAGGAACCCGUUGCUGGGCGCGCUGAUCAGGCCGGUUGCCAAGAUGGAUUCUGGGGACAAGGGAAAGGAGCGGGAGAGGGAAAAGGGGAGUCAGUGGAGACGGGUACAGGAUGAUCGUGACGACAACGAGCAGUGGAUCUUAGAUGGAGGCGUGUACGGCGGGAUCACGGAUGGGAGGCGGUUAGGAGCAGAAGAGCCUGCGUGUGGUUGAUAUCUUCAAAUGCUGAACGGCUACCCGGCACCCA